AGCUGACGUCACCCCCGGUGAGCGUAGCCGGCAGUAUUGAAGUGAAGUCUUGAGUUGUCUGCUCCAACACUUUGUAUUUUCAAAUAGUCUUUUAAAAACAACUUGCUAACACAAUGACUUUCGAUGUCAGGAGGUUUGAUAUUUACCGGAAGGUGCCGAAAGACCUGACGCAGCCCACAUACACAGGAGCCUUCAUCUCUAUCUGCUGCUGUGUUUUCAUGCUCUUCCUCUUCUUGUCUGAGCUCACUGGAUUCAUAGCAACAGAAAUAGUGAAUGAGCUCUAUGUGGAUGACCCUGACAAAGACAGCGGGGGGAAGAUUGAUGUGAGUUUAAACAUCACUUUGGCAAACUUGAACUGUGAUCUGGUGGGGUUGGAUAUUCAGGAUGAAAUGGGACGUCAUGAGGUUGGCCACAUUGAUAACUCCAUGAAGGUCCCCCUGAACAAUGGCUAUGGCUGCCGCUUUGAGGGCAAGUUUAGCAUCAACAAGGUGCCCGGAAACUUCCAUGUGUCAACACACAGCGCUACCGCCCAGCCACAGAGUCCGGACAUGACGCACGUCAUCCACAAACUUGCUUUUGGGGACAAACUACAGGUUCAGAAUGUUCAAGGAGCCUUCAAUGCGUUAGGAGGAGCGAGCAAGCUGGAGUCAAACCCUCUGGCCUCCCAUGACUACAUCCUGAAGAUCGUUCCCACCGUGUACGAGGACAUGAGUGGGAAGCAGAGGUUUUCCUACCAGUACACCGUGGCCAACAAGGAGUACGUGGCUUACAGCCACACGGGCCGGAUCAUCCCCGCCAUCUGGUUCCGCUACGACCUGAGCCCCAUCACCGUCAAGUACACGGAGAGACGACAGCCCCUCUACCGCUUCAUCACCACGAUCUGCGCCAUCAUCGGCGGGACUUUCACAGUGGCCGGGAUCAUCGACUCCUGCAUAUUCACAGCCUCUGAGGCCUGGAAAAAGAUACAGCUCGGGAAGAUGUCAUGAGCCUCCCUUCCACUGGGGGCGCCUGCGAGCUGACACUCGACCAUCCUUAUUUAUAUCAAUGGGACCUGUCCAAUCAACACCCCCCUGUCCCCUGUCUCCCCACUUUAUUUUACGUUCCCUUAAAGUGGGUUUUGUUGGGUGGGAGAAAAUCCUGAAGCAUUGCUGUCAUUGUCUUUGGUCUAAUUGUGUUUUUGUCUGAACUCACCGUUUUGAGAAUUGCUCCUCCAUGCAGAUGCAACAGUCCUGGUCCGCCUGUCUGUGUCAUGGUCCUCAGAUUGUAAUUUGCCAAAGUAAAGCCGCGUUAACCUGUGACAAAUCCGUUGGCUGUACAGAUCGUUCAGGUGCAUUCAGUCUGUCUGUGAUCGUGCUAGUGCGUAGAACUCAUUUAUGUUCGAUAACGGUCCUCACCACUCCUAUCUAUUGGGUGUUCAUAUGACAGCCAAUCUGCAGCAAGACCAUGCAGGUUUCGUGCAAUCGUGAUACGUUUUCACCAAUCACAUGGAAGCUGCAUGGCCACGCUCCUGAUUGGCUGUCAUAUAAACACCCAAUAUAUAGGAUUGAUAUUUUUUUCCCUGAAACAUUAGACAUGGCCUAUGACAUUUUCAGAUUCACUCGCACAUCAGCUAUGGUUACAUAUUUAAAAAAUAAAAGAAAGCCAAUAUGCCAUUUGGAGGCAAUAAUUGAUAUUGUGCUCAGAAAAUACUCAUGAUAGUAUAUAAUUAUCAUGAUAAUCCUAACUGUCUGUAUUAUCAGAGCCUGUAUUUGACGGCAGAUCAUUCUGAUGAGAAUUGAGCAUGCUUUUCCCUGUCCCACGCAAACAUUUCCUGUGCUAUGUUAUGGGCCUCCACUAUAAAUGAAGGAUGUUUUUUUUUCCAAUAUAGAAGCUAAAUGCCUGCCACUUUGUAACUUGUAUUUUUUUUGUAUAACAAAUACCCCUAAAAUUUAUAAAGAAAAGACUGAAUGAAUCUCUGAUUUACAUCUGCUUGAAAUAUGUGCCACCCCCUUACAGACAAGAGAUUCCAUCGUUGAGCGUGCCCUCAAGGAGGUUGGGCAGAUUAGGAGAUUCUGCAGGCACAUGCGAUUCAAAGAUUACUGAAACAUUUCACGUUUUCAGCCAGCACAGCGAAGGCAGGGGUCUACCCAUGCCAUGGUUAGUGGGGUCUUUCAUUGGGCCGCAUACAGAGUACCGUCAGACAUAGUGUCCUAUCAUCAGUGUAGAACCAUUCGGUAUUUCUAAUCGUAUUUGUGUGGAACCACUGGCUUCCUAUAUCAAUGUAGAAUCAUUAGGAGUUGGAACCACAGGCAAUGUGCUUAGUCGAAUACACCUUCAUAUUUUUAUUCCCAAAAUCUGUGAUUGAUGCAGUAUUGAUUCUGUAUGUCCGAUGUAUUUUUAUUUUUUUUGUUUGUUCUUCUCCGUAUGACUUUUUUCAAGAACUACUGAUCAUGUUUAAGAAAAAAUACACAUUGUGCCAUAGAAACUGUUCCUUCCUCUCUCAUUUUGUGAGAGAUAAUUGACAUGAAUACCGACCAACCCAAGUGAAUUUAAUGCAUUCGUACGACAGUGUAGAACUCUGUUCCUCAAAUCACUGUCCUGGAGGGCUGAGUACUUUUGGUUUUCCACCCUCCCUUUACCUGAGUGUCAGGUGUGAAGACGGUAGCACUAAUUGUUCAAUCAGCUACCCGGGAGAAACGAAAACCAGGGCCGCAUAUGGAUUUGAAGGCCAGAUUUAAUGAUCCCUGGUGUAUAAGGUCUCCAGAUUUCACAGCUGAGACGUGCAUAGGUUCAUUAGCAGUGUAAUGUAAAACUUAUCCCCAAGUUAAAAGCGGUACCUAUUGACUAUAUGUUUGUGCGUGUAUAUACAAACAGUUGCACAUGGACAUAUGUUUACCUAUGAGAUUUUUGCAAAAUUAUUUGUGAGUAACCCAUUGUAUUCGAAUUGAGAACAUUCUCAAUUGCAUACAAUUUACAUUGAGUGAGUUGCAAGGGAGAUUCUUGGUAACUGGAUUUUCUGUUUCCAGCCUGGCAUAUUCACCUCCUCCCUGUUUCAGUGGGAAAUUGUGCCAGUGAUGCAGUAGUGUUCAAGGACCACAAUAGUGUUGACGUGUAUGAAGAUCUCUGCUUUUCUGUAAUUCUGCACUGGCCUUCCUCUCUCCCAACAGCAGGUCUCGUGUCAUCAGUGAGCGCAGAGAGACUGAAUGCCUCCUGCACAUCUGAUAAGUGUACAUUUCAUCUACAUCUACAUUAUUUGUAUAGCUUCUUUUUUUCAUAUAUGGUGGCUGUAUUGAAAGGUCUUUAGUCUGGUCAUCAGUAAUCUGUAUGAAGUUUUGUUACUUUGGAUCAGGAUUAUUGCGAGGAAGGAAAAUAAUGAUUGUUAUUGUUUUUAAUUGUAAAUUGUAACUUUUUUAAAAAUGAGAAAUAUUUGCAAGGGCGGACUGCUGUAUGUCGUAGGUCUCGUCGUGUGUUUGCAGGAGCUGGGCUGUGUUACUGUGGUUACUGUGUGUUUGUGGGGCUGCUGGGACAGAAUGGGCAGGUGAGGUGUCUGUGGUGCACCGUAUGGCACAGAGAAACACCGAUAUCGUUGCUUUUGUGCUUACUGAUUGCCGACUGCAAUCUGCUGCCAAAUUAAAGAAGCAUUUGAAAAAGGAGCUGGACAAACUGGGCAUUGAUAUGGAAUUGGGAAACUCUUAAACUUUAAAAUCCUUUUAGAAGUGAAGGAAUCGGUGUGACGUGCAGCCACAGAACUGCUUUUUUUCUGACCCAAAAACAUUUGAAGGGAAUACAAAUAUGCCGAGUCAUUUUUGUUUUGUAAUUUUUGAGGAAUACUGUGAUUGUGUGGUAUUAAAAUGUUGGUAAAGUAA